GGCAGCAAUGAAAUGGUAACUAAGUUUCUAAUGAAAAGCUAAAGCUUGAGCCGAAACAGAAUGAUAAACAGUGCGAUAAUGGCGAUAGAGAGCGAGAGAGCGAGAGAGGGCGAAGAGUGAGAGAGAGAAGAACUGUCGUAAUCAAAAUCGGAGGAUAUAGUGACGGCGACGGUCGGCAAAAAACCAUUGAAAAUACGUGAAAUUCGGUGUCGCUUGACUGUGUUCUGUGGUUCUGUCCAGCUUACUGCUCGGGGGAGAUUCCUCUGAGCUCAUGUUUGGGAGGGAAUCUGAUGUUCCGUAGCUCCUGAGGCAUUUGUUGGCCCAGUGAUGUUCAAUCGUUUUUAAGAUUGGAAGAUUUGGACGAUGUGUGUUAGUGGGCAUUGUGGGAGCUCUAGGUGUGCUUGAAUGAUUUGUUAAAAGAUAAGACAAGGUAUCUUUGAUGGGAUUUACUGAUGCGAUAAAAAUCAGCUAAGUCUGGUGUUAUGUACUUGGCAUGGCGGAUACAGAAAGGUUUGAUGAGAAGGCCUUCUCCAAUGGAGAUGUGUACAGAGGUAAUUUUAAGGGAGAGCUUCCUCAUGGAAAAGGAAAAUAUACAUGGUUGGAUGGAACCUAUUAUGAGGGUGACUGGGAGGAAGGAAAAAUGACGGGGAAAGGGCAACUUGUCUGGCCUUCUGGGACAAGAUAUGAGGGGGAUGUUUCUGGGGGCUAUCUUCAUGGUUAUGGAACUUUUACUGGAGUAGAUGGUUCAGUGUACAGAGGGGCCUGGAGGAUGGGUGUACCGCAUGGUAUUGGGAGGAAGGAGUAUUACAAUUCAGAGAUUUAUGAAGGUACAUGGAAGGAAGGGAUACGUGAAGGUAGUGGUAGGUAUACUUGGAAUAAUGGAAAUACCUAUACGGGAAACUGGAAAAAGGGGAAAAUGUCUGGCAGAGGUGUUAUGAAAUGGGUUAACGGUGAUAUCUAUUAUGGAUUCUGGUUUAAUGGAUUGAGACAUGGAUCGGGGAUUUAUAAAUUUGCAGAUGGCAGUUAUUAUUUUGGGACAUGGAGUAAAGGUUUGAAGGAUGGAAAAGGAACAUUCUAUCCUGUUGGAAGCAAGCACCUACCUCUGAAGAAAUUGUCCAGUUUGGGGGAGGAUAGUGGAAAUAAUUUGUUGUCUCAUAGUCCAUCGUUGACUUCAGAGGAAUCUAAGGCUUUGAGAUCCAGUGUACAUCGUAGUGUUUCUGAGAAAGUUAUGAUUGGUGGACUAUUGAGAAAUUCUGGUAGAAUUUCGCAUAGGGCAGUUUCAUUGGAUGAAAACUGGAGCAUGGUGGAUCCUGGCAAAGAAUUUACUUCUGAUGACGAGUCAUGUAUAGUACCUGAUGUUCCCCAUGAGGCUCAAAGUGAGAUGGGAGAUGACAGUACUGUAGUUUAUGAAAGGGAAUACAUGCAAGGAGUCCUGAUCAAAGAGAAAAUCAGAAAGAAUGCAAAACCAUUGGCUAGAACUAAACAAAAGAAUAAGUUUCCAGGAAAAGAAGCACAACCAAGGUCCUGCAUGGCUUUUCCUAUCAGAGACCGGAGCUACUACUUAAUGCUCAAUCUGCAAUUAGGAAUCAGGUACACUGUUGGCAAAAUCACACCAGUUCCUAUGCGAGAAGUCCGAUCUUCUGAUUUUGGUGAACGAGCUAGAAUUAGGAUGUAUUUUCCCAGGAAGGGCUCUCAGUUUACACCUCCACACUAUUCAAUUGAUUUCUACUGGAAAGAUUAUUGCCCAAUGGUGUUCAGGAACUUGAGAGAUUUGUUCAAGUUAGAUGCUGCUGAGUACAUGAUGUCCAUUUGCGGUGAUGAUGGUCUAAGGGAGCUUUCUUCUCCAGGAAAAAGUGGCAGCCUCUUUUAUCUCUCCCAUGACGAUAGAUUUGUCAUCAAGACUUUGAAGAAGUCCGAGUUGAAGGUUUUCCUCAGGAUGCUGCCCAACUAUUAUGACCAUGUCAAAGAACACGAGAAUACUCUCAUUACAAAAUUCUUUGCUCAUCGAAUAAAGUUAAGAGGUGGUAGAAAGGUACGGUUCGUGGUCAUGGGUAACAUGUUUUGCACCGAAUUAAGAAUUCAUAGGCGUUAUGACCUGAAGGGGUCAACCAUUGGGAGAUGUACAAGCAAAGAGAAGAUCAGCCAAAAUACAACUCUGAAGGAUCUAGAUCUGUCCUAUGAGUUUCAUAUGGACAAACUAUUAAGAGAAUCACUUUUCAAGCAGCUUGCUUUAGAUUGCAUGUUUCUGGAAUCUCAAGGGAUCAUCGAUUAUAGCCUCCUGCUGGGUUUACAUUUUAGAGCUCCUGAACAUCUGAAGGCACUCUUGGACACGCCUGAUGCUAGCAUCCAAGAGAACUCAUCUGUUGAUGGUGUGAACUCACAGGGGGAGCCGGUGAUUCCUCCGAAAGGCCUGCUCUUAGUGACCCAUGAACCAAGCUCUGUUGACACUGCACCAGGUCCUCACAUCAGAGGAAGCACUCUGAGGGCCUACUCUGUUGGUCAGAAGGAAGUCGAUCUUAUACUGCCGGGUACUGCAAGAUUGCGGGUACAGCUGGGAGUUCACAUGCCGGCCCAAGCCAACCGUAAGCUUUCGCAGGAUGAGCCUGAGUCAGCAGAAGUCGAGCUCUUUGAGGUCUACGAUGUGGUCCUGUACAUGGGCAUAAUUGAUAUAUUGCAGGAAUACAACCUCAAGAAGAAGGCAGAGCACGCUUACAAAUCGCUACACUUUGACCCUCUUCAGAUUUCUGUAGUUGAGCCGAAACUCUACGCCAAGAGAUUCAUCAACUUCUUGGAGAAAGUUUUCCCAGCCGAUCGGAACUGAACCGAUAAAAGGUGUUUCCUUCUCUUGUAAUAUUAUAUCUGCUAUCUUUAAUUUGUGUAGCUGCCAAAGGUCUUGUUUCUUCACAUUGACAUAAGAGAAACUCAUAAUUUUUUUUUUCGGACGA